UUAGUUUCCCAUUCUUAAGAAUCCCUUUUAGUUAUUUUUGAAAAAUGAUUAUUCCGUCAAUAUUAGUCAAACUUUUCGCUUUCACAGCCCUUGGUAUUGAUGGUCUUUCCCUCCAUUGAUAGACAGGGAUUGUGGGUUGUCCUACCAAUAAUAAAGCAAAUAGCAAAAAUAUCACAAGAGAACUGAUGCUCUCAUCCUCAUCCUCAUCCUCAUCCUCAUCGCAAGAGAGUUAAUUUUAAUAUUCUCCUUGUCAUUCUCCUUCCCCUUCAUUGAAGAUCUCCUCCUCCAACCACCACGAUGAACAACGGCAGUACUCAUCAAGCUGGGCCGUCAUACUGGGGUCCUCCUCCUCCUCCUCCUCCUCCUCCAGUAACAACAGCAGCAGGGAACUCCGAGAAAUGGGGGACCCACAUCAUGGGUGCACCUGCUGUACCCACUUCGCACCCCGCCAAUCAAAAGGCCGCCUUAUGGACUGCCGGAGGAGGAAGAGGAGGAGGAGGAGGAGGAGGCGAUCACUCCCAAGCCCAGCAGACCAACCACCCGUACCUCUACUACUCCUCAGUUGACAAGCCUAACACCACCACCAGUCCCAUGGAAUGUAUUCUCCAUAAGUUCAACUCCUGGAGCAAAAAGGCCGAGAUCACCUCCCACAAUAUCUGGAACCAUCUGAAAACAGGGCCAUCUGUAUCGGGAGCAGCGUGGGAUAAAGUGAACCUGACGGCGAAAGCAAUAACAGGAGGUGGGUUUGAGUCUUUGUACAAGCAGACUUUCGCAACCUUCCCAAAUGAGAAGCUCAAGAAGACGUUUGCCUGUUACCUCUCCACCAUCACCGGACCUGUCGCCGGAACUAUCUAUCUGUCCAACAUUCAUGUAGCUUUUUGCAGCGAUCGACCCCUAUCCGUCACUGCACCCUCCGGCCAAGAGUCUUGGAGCUAUUACAAGGUUAUGGUACCUUUGGGCAAUAUCCGCGCCAUCAACCCAGUGAUCAUGAGGGAUAAUCCAUCAGAAAAGUAUCUCCAGAUGGUCACAAUUGACGGCCAUGAUUUCUGGUUCAUGGGAUUUGUCAAUUAUGAGAAAGCAACUCGCCAUCUCUCUGAAAGCCUCCGGGGAAUUGUAGCACCUGGAAUAGCUGUCCAACCGGCCGUACCAUGAACCCAAGAAAAAACGACAAGUGAAUUAUCAGGCAUCAGAGAUCGUCUGUCUUUUAUGCCCAGUGCAGCCUAAAUCAUCCUCUUCUUAUUUUUCUUUUUCUUUUUUUAUUUUAAUUAUUAUUUUUGAAUGGUUAUGGUAUCCUGUGUCCCCACCCUCAUGCGUUUUGUCAACCAGUAAUGACAUUAUUGAUUAUUAGGUUUUAAAAUUCGUGGAGUAGGCUUAGGUGACUUGGUAUUGAUGAAAUGUUGUAUUCCGAGAGAGACCACCUGCUGCGGAGGCUAUUUCAUGACAUAAUUUGAAUUUGUGACCACAACAUUAAACGUUAAAAACCGGCAACUAUUUA